ACUAAUAAUAGUCGAUGUUCAUUUUAUGUGUCCCAUUUGCAGGCAAUUUGUGGUUAAAAUCAACAACAACUUCCGCAUAACCAUACAAAAUAACUCCCAAAAUAUUCAAUAAGAGACAAUCGUAGCCAAAAAAAAAAGCAGCCAGCCAGCAACAAUUGGGAUAAAAACCAAAACAAUAACCUCAAAUUGAAUGAGCGUAAGCCAUAAUUAUGACCAAAUGAGCCAGCCCGCAAUAACAACAACAACAAAAAGGCCAAGCAGAAAAAACAAUAAAAUGACGGUCGUCAACGGCAGAUUAGCAGAGUUAUCCCGGUUAACAGUCGUCUUAGCAGCGCUGCUACAGUUUGCCAGUCACACCAGUGGCUUUCAAACUGUAAGCGAAUCAGCAGUUGAUAAUACCAUCUGUCUGUACCAAGAGCACAACACCACUUACCGCAAGGAGAUCGGAGCUGUAUGGUUUGCCCCCAAGGAUCCUUGCCUGGUUUAUUCCUGUGCAGCUGGCGUGGCCAAGGAUCCUCAGGCUCAUAUUGUGGUGACUCAGGUCGACUGCAAUGAGUUCUACUGCGAAGUGGGUUCAGAACUGCGUAGUGUCGAAGGCAGCUGUUGUGGGGAGUGCGUGAGGACCCACUGUCAGCACAACCACACACUGUAUGCAGUGGGUGAGUCCUGGCACAAUGAUGCCGACUGCACUCUCAUCGAAUGCGGCCGCCUGGAAAAUGGACAGAUUAUAAUGAACACAUACAAAAGAAACUGCCCAGCAUUGACUGAAGAUUGCCCAGCUUCGAGGUUGGAGGAGCGAAACUGUUGUCCCUACUGCAGACCUCUGCAAACAGCCCGGAUUGAGGAGCUCCAGGAUGAUGAGGAGCAGGCCACAGAUGAUAUUUGGACCGCCGAAUGGUAUCGCAAGCAUCCCUGCAACCGCGAUUGUCAGGUGGGAGCCGAACCCAUGACCUGUCGCUACAACUUUGUGGUCGAAUGGUAUCAGACCUUUUCGAAGGCCUGCUACGAUUGCCCCCGAAAUCUGACGGAUUGCUCGCGACCCCAUUGCGUAAUGGGCGAUGGUCUGGAGCGAAGUAUCACGGUGGUGAAUCGCAUGAUGCCCGGCCCGGCGAUUGAAGUUUGCGAGGGCGAUCAGAUUGUGGUGGAUGUGAAGAACCAUCUGCUGGGCGAGAGCACCUCUAUUCACUGGCAUGGUCUGCACCAGAAGAAGACGCCCUAUAUGGACGGGGUUCCGCACAUAACCCAGUGUCCUAUAACGCCACAUGCAACCUUUAGGUAUUCCUUUCCCGCCGAUCUCUCAGGCACUCACUUCUGGCACUCGCACACCGGAAUGCAGAGGGGUGAUGGCGUGUUCGGGGCACUGAUCAUCCGAAAGCCCAAGACAUCGGAACCCCACGGGGGACUCUAUGACUUUGACCUCAGCGAACAUGUGAUGAUUGUCCAGGAUUGGAUACAUGACACGGGUGCCAGUAUAUUUUCCUACCAUCAUCAUUCGCGGGGCGACAAUAAACCGCAUAAUCUGUUGAUCAACGGCAGAGGUCGUUACUACAACCGCAUUUGGGCCGAGGCCAAGCAAACCCAUCGCAGAGCCGAGGAGAGAACGAGUCAACCCGUGGAACCACUGCCCAAAUCGCAGGUGGACUUUGUUCAAACGCUACCGAGACAGGCUCGACUGGCUAAAACGAAUACGACUAAACUAUUUCCGGUGAAUUCCCGCCAAAAGAGGGGUAAUCUCAAUGAGAUACCCUUGGAACUGGUGCCCCAUCAGGUUUACACAGUGAGAAGAGGCUUUCGCUACCGCUUCAGGAUCAUAAAUGCCGAGUACCUAAACUGUCCCAUUGUGGUUUCCAUAGAUGGUCACAACCUAACGGCCAUUAACUCGGAUGGUUUCGACAUCGAAGCCAUGGAUGUGGGCUCCAUAGUUACCUAUUCCGGCGAACGAUUUGAUUUUGUGCUAAAUGCCAAUCUCGAGGUGGGAAACUAUUGGAUUCGUUUAAAGGGUCUGAUGGACUGCAGCGAGGUCUUCACCUCCGCCUUUCAAGUGGGCAUCCUCCGCUAUGAGGGAGCUCCGGAUGAGGAGCCCACUGCGGAACUGAGCUAUGCCUACAAGGCAGAGGGUAUCGAAUUGAACGUAAUGAACCGCGGUCCUGGAUAUCCGGACACCAAAACCGUCGCCGAAAUGAGAGCUCUACCCAUCUAUGAUCACGUAUCGGGCAUCGAUCACGAUACUUUAAAGCCUGAGGCGGACUACAAGUUCUUUAUCUACUAUGAUUUCUAUACCAAAAAUAAUCCCGACUUUCACGACAAAGAUCUGUAUGCCAUGGAAAUGGACAUGACCCAACAGAACCGACUUUAUACCCCCCAAUUGAAUCACAUUACCCUGGACUUCCCUUCGCUGGCCCUUCUUCCCUCGAGGAGUCAGCUAAAGGACUCUGACUUCUGUAACGAAACUAGUCUGAUGGAACAGGGUAUCGAUUGUCGCAAGGAGUUCUGCAAGUGCCAUCAUGUCCUGCAAGUUCCUUUGGGCGCGGUGGUUGAGAUGAUCAUCGUGGAUGAGGGAUUCCAGUACUACGCCAACCAUCCCUUCCAUUUACACGGUAAUGCCUUUAGAGUUAUGGGCUUGGAGCGAUUGGGAGAGAAUGUCACGGUUGAAAUGAUCAAACAACUGGAUCAAUUCAAUUUACUCAAACGGAAUCUGGACAAUCCACCUGUUAAGGACACUGUUACCAUUCCGGAUGGAGGCUAUACCAUCAUUAGAUUCGAGGCCUCUAAUCCUGGCUAUUGGCUCUUCCACUGUCACAUAGAAUUUCACGCUGAGAUUGGCAUGGCCCUGGUCUUCAAAGUGGGUGACGAUGAUCAAAUGGUUCCGGUUCCGGAGAAUUUCCCCACCUGCGGCGAUUAUAAUCCCGACUUAAGAUCUGAUGGAGAAAGUACAGAAGAGUCGGGAUCUAACAAGCCCACAACGGGAACUCCCCCAAAUGCUGGAGGUGGUGGAUCGGGAUUGGAACCCACUUUAAUUGCUCUGAUAAUUAGUUUUAUGCUGGCAAAACUCUAUUGA